AUGAUCAAACAGUUACAGCAAGAUAAUCAGAAUCGAUUGUCUAAAAUCAACGACGAGAUCAAUGAGUAUCAUGAUUCCAUACUGUCCUUCAGUAUAAUCGAAGAUGAGAAUUUCAAAAACUCCUUGAAUGAUAAAAGUCUGAACAGUUUAACAAGUUUAAAUGAGAACUUGAAGAAGUAUGAAUUGCAAAUGAAAAACUUGAAUGAUUUGUGGGUAGUCAAAGGUUUGAUACAAGAAAUUGAAGGUGUGUUACACCCUGAUGUUGAUUCCACCGACUUGGAAAGCUUGAUUGUGAAUGUCAACAAACUUAAAAAUAAACUUGCAUCAUUAAACGAUAAUCUUUUGAUCAAGAACGAGCUAUUAAUGAAAUAUGAGGAGUUGAUGAAUGAAAUCUCCAGCCUUAUUUCCACAUUAUUCUAUAAAUUUCUUCCAAGUGCUAGAGAAUUUCACCAAGUUGUCAAUGAUAUUCAAUUCGAUCAAUUUAUGAAGAUUAUUGAUGAAUUGAAUGAAUAUUCAGAAAAGAUUAAUUUGAAUGAUUUAGUGAACGAUUAUAAGAUAACCUGGGAAAACAUAUUAUUGAAGAUCAAUAAAACCAAUCACCUCGAUGAAUCCUUGGAAUUCCAUGAGGGUGAAUCUUCCUUAGAUUCUUUCUUCCAAUCAAUAAUUAACUUCACAAAAUUCAUCAAUAUGAUUAAUUUGCUGAGUUUGAAAAACUUAUACCAAUUGAAAUUAAGUAACAAAUUGAUUAAUUUCAUAUCAGAAAACAUUGAUUCAUUGAUCAACUCUCCAAAUGAAAAUUUGGUCAAGAUAAUCAAAGAUUUGAAUGAAACGCAUUGGAAUCUAUCAAUCGAAUUAAAUUUACUGAAUAUGAAAGAGAAGUUGAAUUCUGUUUAUCAGAAUUGGUUGAUGGAAAAUUACAUUGAUAAAAUAAGAAGUAAAUUCAAAUCAUAUGAUCUUAAAGAUACUCAAUUGAAUGAGAUCAAAAUUAAUAUCGACAAGACCAGACUUGCACAAAUGGAAGAAAGAUUGAGUAUGAUGGAUCAAAAAUUGGAUAGAGCAAUGUCUGAAGAAAGAGGAGAUGAAGAUGGUUGGGAUCAGGGAUGGGGUGAUAAAGAAGAUCCUGAUGGAACAUUGAAUGAUACCAUCGACGGUGAUUGGAAUGAAGAUGGAUGGGAUGAAUGGGAUAAAGAGGAACAACCACUGAAGGGCCCAACCAAAAGUGAACCAAAAACAGAAGAAAGCAAGAAUAAUGAGGAUGACCAGUGGGAUUCCUGGGAAAAAGAAGAAUCAACGGGUGACAAUAAAGCAGAUGAAGAUGGGUGGGACGAUGGAUGGAACGAAUGGGAUGAUCCUGAGCAAAAAGAAGCUCAAGCUGGGCCUGUUAAACAAUCACAGCCCAAAGCAAAUGUCGCCAGUGCUAGUGCCGCUAGUCAAAAUAUGAGUACUACAACUACCAUUAAAAUUUCAUCACUUCCCAACGAACUAAUGGAAAUUCUCAACGACUUCCAAAUCGAAUCUACUCAAGAGAUUGAUUUGCUAGUAUCUACAAUCCUUUCAAUAUCCUCAAUAUCAUACCCUCCAAUCAACCAGUCAUUCUUACAGUAUAACGAUUUACAAUUUUUGGGUAAAAAUAUGGGUCACAGGUUGUUCAAUAGAUAUUCAGAAAUGUUGAUAAAACAAUUACAGAAUCAAAUUUUCCAUGAGUUAUCACAAAUUCUCCAGAAAUUGAACAUUGACGAUGAAACCAGUAACCAAGCCAUUUUCGAUAACCUAUCCAAUUGGUACAAUGAUUUGUUCAAAAAUGAUUUGAGUUUCACUAAUUUCUUGAAAUUUAAAGAGAUUGUUCACAAUUCCAUCGAUUAUAUUUGUAAUUUCUGUGUGAAAUUGAUAUUGAAAUCAAAUGAAAUCACCGAAUUCAGAUCAAGUAAAUUGACUGAUAUCAUCCAAAACUUCAAGAGGACAUUCAUGGAAAGAUUAUCACAAUUGAAAGAAACAGAACAACCAGAAUCUUUGAACAAAUUAUUGAACUUCGAAUAUCUCAUUAAUAGCCACUUGGUAGAAAUUAUCGAAAAGUUUUAUUCCGGAGACUUUUACAACUUAUCAACCGAUGAAUUGGUGGCUACUAUUCAAUUAUGUUUUGUCAAAUCCGAUUUAAGAGACAAUUAUAUCAAUGAAAUAAUAGAAUUCAGGAACAUUACAUAG